CCCCCCAUCGAAUUAAUGGAGGGGGCUUGUUUGAAGAUCGAAAAACCGAUCGGAGACGCCAUAACUAAAAUCCGGUUCGCUCCUCAAUCCAACAACCUCCUUAUCUCGUCAUGGGAUUCUAUUCUUCGAGUAUACGAUGUCGAUAACUCUUUACUUAGAUUAGAAGCUUCCUCGGAGGCUGCACUUCUGGAUUGCUGUUUUCAGGGCGAAUCUGUUGCAUUUAGCGUGGGCACUGAUUGUUGUCUUAGAAGGUAUGACAUUCAUUCAGGAACCCAUAAGGCAAUUGGGGCUCAUGAUGAUUUGGCAACAUGCGUUGAAUUUUCUGAGGAAACCUGUCAAGUAAUUACAACUGGUUUGGAUAAAAAGAUAAUGUGUUGGGAUACUCGCAUAUCGGAUUUUGUUGCAUAUUCAAAAGCUGUAGGUUCAGAGGUUGAAUGUAUGUCAGUAUGUGGGCUUUAUUUGCUACUUGGGGUUGGAGCUUCAGUAAAUAUCUUUGAUUUGCGCUAUUUAGAAGGUCCAAUUCAAACAAAAAAUUCAGCAAUGGACUAUAGAAUUGAGUGUGUUUGCUCAUUUCCUAAUCACAAAGGAUAUGCAAUUGGAUCAAUUGAUGGACGUGUUGCAUUAGCAUGUCUAGAUCCUUCAGAGGAGAACGGAACGGGUUGCGUUUUCCGGUGCCAUCCAAAGUACAAGGAUGGGAGAUAUCAUCUUGUUGCAGUGAAUGACAUUGUGCCUCAUCCACACCAGUAUGGUGCCUUUGUCACUGGCGAUAAUGAGGGGUAUGUUAUUGCAUGGGAUGGACAAAGCAGGAAAAGGCUAUUUGAGUUGCCAAGGUUUCCCAGGAGUGUAGCUUCCUUGUCAUAUAACCACAAUGGGCAACUUCUGGCUGUUGCAUCAAGCUACAUAUAUGAAGGGGAAAAGGAAAUAGAAAACCCUCCUCAAAUAUUCAUACAGAAAAUGGAUGAGAGCCAUGUGAGAUCAGCUUCUUCUGGAACCCAAAAAUCUGGAAGCUUGCUGAUUUUACUGCAUUCUUUCAGCCUUUCUGAUAGAUUAUUGGGGAGUGUUAUUGGGAAUAUCUCCCUUUCUUUUAAGCUUUUUUCUCAUGGGAGAAAUUCUCAAUGCAAGACUGCAAGGGACUGUGAACAAUUUGUGAGCACUGAAGUUGAUUUCCCAAGUUUGAUUUUUAAGGUGCCCGGAAUCCUGUGUUGGGUUCGAAACAUAAAAAUAAGUCGUGAGAGAGAGAGAGAAAGAGAGAUAGAAUCUGUAUAUAAAUUGAUUCUCUCUCUCACCCUAUACUCAGUCUUCUAUCCAGCUCUCUGCAACUUUCCCUCCACUAUCUGCAUUCCCCGACUGGAAAGCUCAGUAGCCAUGUCGGACGAGGAACACCAUUUCGAGUCGAAGGCCGAUGCUGGAGCUUCAAAGACCUACCCUCAGCAGGCCGGAACGAUCCGUAAGAACGGGUACAUUGUGAUUAAGGGGAGGCCUUGCAAGGUUGUGGAGGUUUCAACUUCCAAGACUGGCAAGCACGGACAUGCUAAGUGCCAUUUUGUUGGAAUUGACAUCUUCAAUGCUAAGAAGCUUGAAGAUAUUGUGCCAUCUUCCCAUAACUGUGAUGUUCCCCAUGUCACUCGUACUGACUACCAGCUGAUUGAUAUUUCUGAAGACGGAUUUGUGAGUCUUUUAACUGAAAAUGGUAAUACUAAAGAUGAUUUGAGGCUCCCAACAGAUGAACAGUUGCUUACCUCGAUCAAAGAUGGUUUUGCUGAGGGGAAAGAUCUUGUUGUGACUGUCAUGUCUGCAAUGGGCGAAGAGCAGAUCUGUGCUCUCAAGGACAUUGGCCCCAAGUAGCUUUUCCUUGGUUUGUGUUUUAUUAUUGCAAUUUGAGGUUAAGAUUUUUGUAAGGUCUCUUAUUUUGGACCGAGAAGAUAUAGUUAGUAGCUUUUGCAAUGGUUUUACUUGGAAUUAAACCAGGGUUUCCUUCGGGCAUGGAAUACUCGCUGCCGUGGUUUUACACUUGUGGGGUUAACGCAUCUUCAGGACUUUGUUUUUCAAUAGCAGCUUUUAUUCAAUAUUUUUGAUGCUUUGAAUUAGAAAACUGCCGUCUAUCGUUUUGUUGUGUGGUAUGCAACGAGGCAAGCUUCAUUUCUAGCAAGACUGUAUAUAAACCUCUUUAAGUAUUGUUUUUCUUUUUUAUGGCAAGUUUUCACCUUUCUAUUCA